AUGUUUCCACAAGAUGGAAUAGCUCCAUGGAAAUGUUGGAGCAUUUUUGGGAACAGCAGCCUGCUGUGGCACUGGCAGCAAGGAAAGUCAAGCCAACCCGGGGAGAAGGCCCACCUUGCCUCACAGAGGAUGACACUGAUUCUAGAAAUUGUUAAACUGAUGACCCCCUUGAAAUUGGCAACCAAGCUCCUCAGCGAGGAAAAAAACCCCACUAUCUCCAUCAUUGCCCCAAUACUGGCCAAACUGAGGGUGGAUUUUCAGCCAGAUGACAGUGAUCCACCAGUCAUUGUUGAGAUGAAGGAGAAAUUCAGACAGGACUUUGAAUCCCGUUACACCUAUAUCCAAGACCUCCUCAACACUGCCUCAGCACUUGAUCCCCGCUUCAAAGACCUGGAAUUCCUGGAUGAUGACAACACUAUGAGAGACAUGAUAUUCCUGGGGAUAACUCCAGAACUGGAGAAUAUGGUUGUAGAAAUCUGUUAUAUUUAUUUGACAGACAUCACACUCACAUUGAGCUUUAUUCGAAAUGAUGAGGAGUUGAGGAUUGUGUUGGUUGGGAAGACCGGAAAUGGUAAGAGUGCCACUGGAAACACCAUCUUGGGCUGGAAGUGUUUUAAGUCAACCUUCGCUGCAGCAUCCCUCACGGUCAACUGCUCGAAGGGCAAAACCACUGUGGAUGGACAGCAGGUGGCUGUGAUUGACACCCCGGGCCUCUUUGACACCAGGUUUGUACAGGGAAAAACAACUAAAGACUUGAGUCAGUGUAUCACUUAUGCUAGUCCUGGGCCCCACGUGUUCCUGAUCAUCAUCAAGCUGGGCAGAUACACGGCAGAGGAAAAGAAUUCAGUGCAGAAGAUCCAACAGAUAUUUGGUGAGGAUGCAGACAAAUACAGCAUGGUUCUCUUCACUCAUGGUGACCAGCUCGACAACACCAUUGAGGAGUUCCUGGAGGAAAGUCCAGAACUGCAGGAACUGGUGGCCAGAUGCAACGGAGAGUACCACGUUUUUGGGAACAGGGAGAAAGAUCACACUCAGGUCACCGAGCUGCUGAAGAAGAUCAGGAAGAUAGCUGCAAAGAACGGUGGAAGCCACUACACCAACGAGAUGUUCCAAGAGGCAGAGAGGAAAAUUGAAGAGGAGAAGCAACGGCUUCUGGAGAAGGAUAAGGAAAUCCGCAAAGAGAAAGAGGAGCUGGAAAAUCAAAUACGGGCGAAGUAUGAUGAACAGAUGAAGAAACAGGCUGAGCAAUUCCAGGCUGAGAGAAGAGGGAGAGGAGAGAAGGGACACCGAAAGGAAGAUGGGAGAGAUGAGAGAGAUGCAGAGAGAAAGAGAGAUAGAGAAGAGAAGGAAAGAUGAUGGAAAAAAUGAGGGAGCA